CGUACUCUGUCCCUUUCUCUUUCUCUCUCUUCCACCGGAUACCGUCCUACCCGGUGCCACUCUCACACGUGCCCCCUCCUCCCAAAGACUCCGUCGCACGUGCCGUCCCUCACCCAUACAACUCCCUUUCUGUGGUGCAACAAAUAAAAGUUAGAGAGAGAAUAAUAACUCAUGGAAGCAAUAUAUAUGGAGAUAGAUAGAGAGAGAGAGAGUGUAGGUAUGCGUUUGUGUGUGAAGGGUGAGAGAUAGAAAGAGAGAAAGAGAGAGAAAGAGUUGAUAAAAGCAUAAUUUUUUUUCUUGGUCUUUGAAGGGGCAUGUAGAUGCAGUAGCUAUAGAUUGGUUUAUGGAUACCCUUCUUUAUCUUUCUUUCUUCCUAUCUGGUUUUGUUUGAAAUCUGAAACUUCAAGAUCGGUUUUGGGUGAGUGAAUCUUCUGGUGGGUUGUGUGUGUGUGUGUGUUUUUUUGGGUUCUGUUUUGCACCGAUGAGGAUCCGGAAAAGGCCGGUGCUUUUCCCGUCGUCGGUCUCGCCGUUGCCUCUGUCAGAUCCACACCUGAUCAGCCGGUCGCCGGUGGUGGUGCAACUAAGCGAGGCUGCUUCCACGGCAGCGAAACAUUCUUCUUCUGCAGUGCUCCAUCGCCAUGCUGCUUCGUGGAGCUUGGAUCGUUGCCAGCCAUCUGAUCAGUCUCUCCCUUCGAUCGGGAGGCCAAGCAACGGCUGGGAUGAUCCCUCCGGCAUCGGUGAAAGUGGGGCACACAGACAGCACAACAAGCAAGACCCUUUGAAAGGGGCACGCUUGGGACAAGAACAAGAUCCUAUGUAUAUUUUGGUUUUGUUGGUCUUGCAGGAGGAGGUUGUUGUUGUUGGAAGGGAAGAACCUGGAGAAGACUCCGGAGAGAAGGGUAAUCAUACCAGGAAAGGACGCAACUUGGGUUUGGAAACUCUAGCUGGGGUGGCGUCACCGUUAAGCCCUUCUUUCACUCCUCAAGAUAGAUGGUACGAGGAAGAGAAAGCUAUUCCGCUGAAGAAAAGGAGAGGGGCAUUCGAGGAGAAUAACAGUGCUGCUACGCACAGCAAGAAGACGAAGGCGAAGAUGAAGACGAAGAUGAACAAGAAGUGUUCCUCUCGCAACGAGGACAGCACGGAAGAGGAAGAUGAAGAAGAGAGAAAAGUGGAUGAUGUAAACGUGAGUGUGAGCAAGAAGAGGGUAAGGGGUAGUGCACUGAUGGAAGGUUCUAGGUGCAGUCGUGUGAAUGGGAGGGGAUGGAGGUGCUGUCAGCAAACGCUGGUUGGUUACUCGCUGUGUGAGCAUCAUUUGGGGAAGGGAAGACUCAGAAGCAUGACAAGUGUUAGAAGCCGCUCCAUUGCAUCAACUGCACCAAAGAAGGUGCACAUACACCACCACCAUUCUUCUUCUUCUUCUUCUUCUCUUGAGAAGCAAAAUCUUAGUGUUGCCGAGCCCUUCGUGGAGGAGGAGGAGGAGGAGGAGAAGCCGGAGAUAAUCACGAAGAAGAGGAUGAAGCUGGGCGUUGUAAAAGCGCGUUCCAUAAGCAGCUUGCUAGGACAAACGAACACCCAGAUUGCUGCUGUAGCUCAUGAGAAUAGCAAGUAAGUCUAAAAUAAUAAGUACAAGUGCAGAAAACGGUUAUUAUUUCAUGUACUUGUGGCUGAGAGAGAAAUUUUUAAUGCUGGAGUUUGUCCUAAUACUUGGUGCCACUGCAUCAUGUUUCAACUUGGUUUGGUGCUUUGCUUUGUUUCGUUAUUAUGUUUAUAUUUUUCUUCGCCAACUGGUUGCGUUGUGUACGAUUAUUUUGAAAGCACUGCACUGGGGAACAUAUUCUGAUUUUUCACUGGAAUGUUAUGUUAUCCAACGGGUA